GAAAGCUGGCCAUGCCUUCUGAGGGGGCACAAUACACCAUUGGGGGGGUGAAGAUCCUGUUCCCCUGCAAGGCUUACCCCUCCCAGCUGGCCAUGAUGAACGCUAUUGUGAAAGGCUUGAAUAACAGGCAGCACUGUUUGCUGGAGAGCCCCACAGGAAGUGGCAAAAGCUUGGCAUUACUUUGUUCUGCAUUAUCAUGGCAGCAGGCUUUGUAUGAGAAGUCAGUGCCAAGCUCGUCGUGUGACAAGGAGGACAGGAAGGCAGCGCCAUCCCCACCCUGUCACUGCAGGUGUCACUCCCAGGCCAGGAGCAGCGAGGCUGCAGCGAGUGGGACUCCCAGUGCUCCUUGUUCUGCCAGUUAUCCUGAGCCAGGAACUUCCAGGAGACCUGGGAGCCCUCUGCCAAGCACAGAAUGUAAGGAAAGUGAAACACUGGCUUCAAAGCUGUCUGCCAAAAAGAAAUUAUCCCUUCAUGCCAGUGAGAAUGAUGAUUUCCAGGUGGACAGGAAGAGGAUUCGUCCUUUAGAGACAGAGCAGCAGGUGAGGAAACGUCACUGCCUUGCUAAAGGAGUGCAGCUGGUUGAUGCUCUGGAGGUUUAUCAUCAGAGGAAAAAUGGAGAGCUGAUUGUUCACUCUGAAAAAAACAUGAAAACCACUACUUGUUCUCCCCAAACACCUCCUGGCCCUUGCACUGAGUGUUCCUGUGCUUCUGGGAAGGAACCAGGUAAAGAUCCCAGUCACACAAAGAAGAAAGAGAACGGAGAUCGGUUGUGCGUUCCCAAAAUUUUUUUUGGGACACGAACACACAAGCAAAUCAGCCAGAUCAGCAGGGAGCUGAAGAGGACAGCCUAUUCCUGUGUGCCCAUGACAAUCCUGUCCAGCAGGGAUUACACCUGCAUUCAUCCUGUGGUGUCCAACAGUGGCAACAGGAGUGAAAUGUGUGUAGAGUUGCUGGAAGGAAAACAUGGCAAGUCCUGCUCUUAUUACCACGGUGUUCACAAGCUGAGUGAGCAGCCUGCCCUGCAGCCUGCCCAUGGGCUGUACCAGGCCUGGGACAUUGAGGACCUGGUGAGGCUGGGCAGGAAGCUUCGUGCCUGCCCCUACUUUGCAGCCAGGGAGCUGAUGGUGGGGGCAGACAUCGUGUUCUGUCCCUACAACUAUCUGCUGGACCCACAGAUCCGGGACAGUAUGGACAUUAACCUAAAAGACCAAGUAGUCAUUUUGGAUGAAGCCCACAACAUUGAGGACUGUGCUCGGGAGUCCGUGAGCUACGGGGUCACCGAGAGCCAGCUGCGCGCUGCCCGCGAGGAGCUCGACUUCAUGGUCAGCAACAGCAUCAGGCAGAAGCACCACGAGCCCCUCCGAGCUGUCUGCUGCUCCUUGAUCAACUGGCUGCAGGAGAGCUCUGGGCAGCUGGUGGAGAGAGCCUUUGAAAGUGCCUGUAAGGUGUGGAGUGGCAAAGAAAUGCUCAACUUUCUGUACCAAAUGGGAAUAACUGGCAUUACUUUCCCCAUUUUACAGAAACAUCUUGCUGCUGUCCUGGAAAAAGAAGAAAAAGUUUCUAUGCAUGGGAGAGAGGAAAUUAUUGAGGUGCCAGUUGUGAGCCCUGCAGCACAGAUCAUGCUCAAAGGCCUGUUCAUGGUCCUUUCCUGUCUCUUCAAAGAGAACAGCAGGUUUGCAGAUGAUUACAGGGUUGCUCUACAACAAACUUACACCUGGAUGACUGAAGACCAACGUGAUGAUGCAGAUAAAAGUUCCUUCUUCCCAAGGCCCAAGCACAAAAAGAGUUCAAGGCAGAAAACCCUUGUCCACAUGCUGAACUUCUGGUGCUUGAACCCUGCUGUGGCUUUUUCUGACUUAAAUGAAGUCAGAACAAUUGUUCUGACAUCAGGCACUCUCUCUCCCAUGGAUUCCUUUUCCUCAGAGCUUGGUGUGAAGUUUUCCAUUCAGCUGGAGGCCAAUCACGUUAUCCGGAAUUCCCAGGUGUGGGUUGGCACAGUGGGCACCGGCCCCAGCGGGCGGGAGCUCUGUGCCACCUUCCAGCACACCGAAACCUUCGAGUUCCAGGAUGAGGUGGGAGCCCUGCUGCUGUCGGUCUGUCAGACACUUGGCCAAGGAAUUUUGUGCUUUUUGCCAUCCUAUAAGAUGCUGGACAAGUUAAAGGACCGCUGGAUGCACACAGGCUUGUGGAGGAACCUGGAGGAUGUUAAAACUGUCAUUGCAGAGCCCCAGGGAGGGGCCAAGAGUGACUUUGAUGAGCUGCUGAAAAUCUACUAUGAUGCAAUCAGGUGUAAAGGAGAAAAAGAUGGGGCUCUGCUGAUUGCUGUGUGCAGAGGGAAGGUCAGUGAGGGGCUGGAUUUCUGUGAUGAGAACGCCAGGGCCGUGGUGACCAUCGGGAUCCCCUUCCCAAACGUCAGGGACCUGCAGGUUGAAUUAAAGAGGAAGUACAAUGACCAGCACAAAAGUACAAGAGGCCUUUUAUCAGGGAGUCAGUGGUAUGAAAUUCAAGCUUACAGAGCUCUCAACCAAGCCCUGGGAAGGUGUAUAAGGCACAGGAAUGACUGGGGGGCUCUUAUUUUAGUUGACGACCGCUUCAGGAAGAACCCCAAUAAAUACAUAACUGGGCUGUCCAAGUGGAUCCGGCAGCAGGUGCAGCACCACGGCUCCUUCGGCAGCGCCCUGCGCUCCCUGCGCGCCUUCGCCCUCCGCAACCAGAGCCGUGGGGAGCCCCCCUCGGAGCCCAGCUCUGAGCUCCCUGCACAGCCCUGCCACCUCUCCCAGGGCUCCCCACAGGAGAACAGCACUCCUCUGUCCCCUGAUGUUCCUGCCACAAGUCAGGAGCAGAAUUUGGAGCCAGAAGUUCAUUUUACUGCAACCAUCGGCUCAGUUCAUCCCACAGCAUGGGAUCGGCCCAGUGAGCAGAAAGUUGAUGUAGAGAGCCAUUCCCACCAUGUAAAACAGAGAAGGAAACACAUGGACUGCACCCCCAAAAUGGCAGCAAUCAAAGCAGAGAGAGAAGAAAUGAAUGGUUGGAGCAGUGCUGAUGGUGUGGAAGAGAAAUGCUGCCCUGAGCCUCUGACUUCAACUCCUGCAGCCCAGAACUGCAGGGCCGCAGGGAGCAGCAGCCAGCAGUGUGUGAACGGGCCCAGGGACCUUAUUGAUCAUCCCAAUCAAUGCCAAUCAGCAUUAAUUGCAGAGCACAAACCAAGUGCAGCAGAAUCAUGUUUGGAAACAAGCCAUGUUUCAGUUCAGAGUGCCCAGGCCCCAGGUGCUGGAGGCCAUCCUGGAGCUGAGCCCUGCAGGGAGCUCCCUCCAGCAGCAGGGAGAGCUGGGCCUUCAGCAUUAGAUGGGGAUGAGGAUGAGGAUGAGAGCAUUUACUACACCCCAGAACUGUAUGAUGAUGCAGACCCAGAGGAGCAGAGAACUGAGCCCCCAGUGCCAGCCUGUCCCAGCACUGGGAUUUGGGGGGAAUGUGGGAACCCCACAGUCCCUGCUGGUCCUGUUGCCACCAGCCCCUCAGGAGCCCAGAAUGGGGCUGGAGCAGCUGGGGCUGGCAGGAGCCCCCGUGGCAGCACGGAGGGUGUGAGGAGCAGGGACAGCACAGCUGGGGCUGCAGGAGCACAGCAGGGAGCAGCUCAGGACACGAACACCCCAAAAAGGAAAAUCAGCCUCUCCAGAUCCAGAAAUAAAGGAUUGAAAGUUCAGAGGAGAUGCAGCAGAAGGAAAGCUGCCCUUAGGCAAAGUGGCUCCUCCAGAGAGAGAAAGAAGGAAGCACACAAGCAGCCUUGCAGGAAAGGACUUCACUGUGUUGUGUGUGGAGCUGAAAUCCUGCCCAAAGCUCAGGGAAUUUUGAGAAAAGCUUGCUACAGUAAUAGUGAGCUGCAAAUAAUCUGGAAACUCUUCAGAAAUGCCAAUAUAAGAAGCAAAGAAUCCAUUAAUAAUUGUAAGUGUAAGCUAGAGGCCAUCUCAGAAGAUGAUAAUGUGAUGUUGGUCAUCUCAGAUGCUGCAAGUCUUGGUCACCUUAAAGAGACUUUGAAGGUUUAUCAGAUGCCAGUGAAAGACCUGAAUGGCAGUUUAUCUUUAAAUGCUCUUUGGAAUGAGAAGGAAUCUUCUCUGACAAGUUACCUGCAGUGCAGGAGCUGUGUCCUUCAGUCCAUUUCUCCAAGCCCUUUGAUAGGAGCUGAGGUUACUCAUUUCAGUAAUAAAGUGCAGUCAUGGGUCUGGCUGCUUCCCUCCUCUGUUCAUUAUUGCUUGCUGCUACAGAACCCUCCAGAACUGCAACCAGGACAUUUCGAUUCUGUUUUAUCUUAGAAGAGUUUUGCUGAUCAAUGCCAUGUAUUCAUCAGGACUAAUUAGACAGAUAAGUAAAGGACUUUAAUUAUUUAAUGCCAACCCCAACCAAGCUGGUGUUCAGCACAAUAUUUGUGUGUGAGGGAUGGGAAGGAGCUGCCUGGGUACAAAUUCUGGCCCCACUGAACUCUGCCAUGUUACUGCACAAAGGCUUCUCCACAUGUUUAAAAGAAAUAUUUCCCUGGGGUUUUCUGAAUGCUGGUAAAUGUGGUUUUAUCUUCCUUUUCACUUUUGAAUGUUUGUUUAUCUUACACACCCCUCAAAGUAAUUUAACAUAAAAAACUUCUCAUCAAUUCCAUUUUAUUCCAAGUUUGAAUUGCCUCAUUUUUUAAUUUCUUGUGCAUUUAGAGACCCCCACAUGGCAAUGUCUGGGCUGAAAACAUGGUAGGGGAACAUUGGCAUAUUUUGUCUUGCUGUGAUUUCAAGUGAAUUAAAGAAACCUAGAAAUGAAAACAUUUCCAUUUGUUUAUAUAACUAAAAAAGCCCCAUAAAACUGAGCAAGAAUAUCCUUUAAUGAACACCAACCCUUUUUGCAAGCAGCCACAACCAGAGGGACACACACACACCCCCAGCUCCUAUCUCCCCUAUCAACAGCAAAUUAGAGCAGGUAAAAAACCUCCCUCUAUUUGUCUUAGGAAAUAUCCAGCACUUUUACAGGGAAUUUGGAAAAUAUUUCAGUGGAGGAGAAAUGCUGCACACAAAGCACAGCCACGGGCUGCUGUAAAACUGCCCUGGAACAAGGCAUUAAAAUGCCAUCGACCUGCACACAUAAAAACAACAAAAAAGCCAUGAAAAAAAAUGCCUUGCAAAUAAUUAGGAUCUUAUGGCAGGGAGCAGUGCUGAUCUGCAUGCAGAGAUUUUCUGUGCAAUCAGAGCAGGCUCAGGCUGAUGGGCUGAGGGGGGAAAUAGCAGAGCAUAAAUGGGCUGUGCUGCUCCUGCCUGCACAGCCAGGCCCCAAAGCAUCCUCCAGCCCUUCCAGCUCCUCCUGUCUGUCCCUAAAAUCCUCCUUCUGUCCUCUGAAUUCUCCUUUCUGUCCCCUAAAGUCUC